GAAUGACUUGAGAAACAUACCAAAUAAUCCAAAUAACCCAUGAAAUUAAAACACAGCGAGUAAAAUGCAUUUUGCCAUUUUGAACUACUUUUCUCGUGGUAAGGUGUAGCCGAUUUCAGGACGAUCGAGUGACGGGCGUCCCCGCUGCUUGCCCGGAGAGACUGCACGUCAAUGGCGGUCCCCCGGCUGUUCAAAUUUCACGCCAAGCCGAGCGCCCCACUACGUGUGGCUGCGGGGGCAACCUUCGUUGCCCUCAUUUGGCACACAAGCCCUAGCGUCCUAAACGGCGAGUCUACGCUCUCCUCGUCUGGCGAGACGAUCCUUUGGGCUAUCGAUGGUGUUGCCCGAGCAUCUCGUGCUGUCUAUGCCAUAAGUUCCAUUGUGGUUGAUUAUAAGUAUUCUCUCUGGGGAUUGCCUCUUGGUUCAAGUGAUUACAGAUCUAAGUUGCCUGAGGUCCAUCUUCGUGCUGCUAAAAGGCUGCUGAAACUUUGUGAAGCCAAUGGAGGAUUUUAUGUGAAAGCUGGCCAAUUCGUUUCAUCAUUGAGACACGUUCCAAAGGAAUACUCUUCAACACUUUCAUCAUUACUAGAUCAGGUGAACCCUUGUAACAUUAAGGACAUUAAAGAAAUGAUUUCCAAAAGUUUAGGUGAAGAUUGUUCAACAUUAUUUUGUUCAUUUGAUGAAAAUCCAAUUGCUGCUGCAUCAAUUGCUCAAGUACACCGCGGAACUUUGAGUAAUAAUCAAGAAAUUGCAAUCAAGGUACAGUAUCCUGAUUUGGAGCAGAGGAUGAAGAUAGAUUUUACAACUAUGGCUAUCCUUUCUAAGUUGGUUUCAAUGGUUUUUUCUGGAUACAAGUUUGAUCAAGUAUUAUCAGAAUUUAGAAGAACAAUAUCUCUUGAACUUGAUUUCAUUCAGGAGGGAAAGAAUUCUGAGAGGACUGCCAGAAACUUCAAAAAGAACAAAUUUGUUAGAGUUCCCCAUGUCUAUUGGGAUCUAACAACAAGUCAGGUUUUGACGAUGGAAUUUUGCAGAGGUCACAAGGUUGAUGACCUGGAAUUUUUGAAGGAUUCGGGUCUAAAUACAGUAAAGGUUGCCAAAGCAUUAAUAGAGGCCUUUGCUGAAAUGAUAUUUGUCCACGGCUUUGUGCAUGGAGAUCCUCAUCCAGGCAAUAUUUUAGUUUCUGUUGAAGGAGAAAAUAAAGGUUUCUCAUUAGUCCUACUAGACCAUGGAAUUUAUAGAGAACUGGAUGAGCAGUUCAGGUUGGACUAUUGCAAAUUAUGGAAGGCUCUAAUCCUUCUGGAUUCACAGAAUAUAAUCAAUGUUGGGAACCGGUUUGGUGUCGGCAAAUACUCAAAAUACUUUCCUGUAAUUUUCACAGGUAGAACAUUAGAAAGCAAAUCUGCUCUCGGAACACAAAUGAGCAAGGAAGAGAAGAAACGUUUAAAGCAAGAAGUGCAGUCUCUCAGGAUGGAAGAUAUCUCAUCAUUCACUGAAUCUCUACCUCCUGAAUUUCUGUCAAUACUACGAACAGAUGGUUUGUUGAGCUCCAUAUCGAGCAAACUCGGUGCCCCGCGUCGCUUGCGCCUUCUUACUUAUGCAAAAUAUGCUGUCUAUGGACUUGCAACACAUUCUCAUGCCAAGUCUGAUCAAUACAGUCUCUCAAAAUUCGGAGCAAACAUGAGUUAUCUUUGGCUAAGAGCAUAUAUUGAUUUGAUGGAAGUUCUUCUGAAACUUGAAGAUUUCAGACAUUUACUGGUAAUCAAGAUUAAAAGAAUCCUGAGUGAAGUAGCUGAAGUCUCACAAUUCGUAUUUGGUAUUUUGUUUUUCAGUUUAUGAACAUUUUAUUUAUAGUGAUUUUUUAAUGAAAAUAGAACAUCAGCAUUUGGAAAAUUAUUUUAUGGUCUUUUUGGGGUAAAGUUCAGGUUUUUGAUUGAUAAAACAUGAUCAAAACAUUGUAUUUUUUAUUUUUAUCUGUUUUUGUCCCAGAUAAAAGUGUACAAAAGCUGGGCUUUAUGUACCAUUUUUGAGUAGAAACUGAAAUGAGCUGUAGUU